AUGAGGAGAUAUCGAAGAAAUUAUAAACCCUUCAAGCUGGCUAUGGUGGGCCUUGUUUUUGUGAUAUUUGUGUUCAUCAUGCACAAAGAUGUUGGGAAUGGAGCAAAAGACGAGCCCUGGAUAAAAAAUAUAUUUGUAAGAAAAGAUCAAAUGAUUGAUAUGAUGAUGGGGGCCGUGAACAAUUUAAGGGAUUCUAUGCCAAAACUCCAAAUUAUGCCCCCUGUUCAAGAAGUAGCAUCAGUAGAGGUGAUAAAGUCAUGCCUACCUGGAUAUUGCACACCAGCAGAACUUAAACCAUUUAUGGAGAGACCUCCACAAGACCCAAAUAGCCCUGGUGCUGAUGGGAAAGAAUUUAAAAAGGACAGCUGGACUGAAGAGGAGACGAAAGAGGAAAAAAAAGGAUUUCAAAAGCAUUUCUUCAAUGUUUAUGCCAGUGAUAGGAUUUCCCUUCACAGAGCCUUGGGCCCUGACACCCGACCUCCAGAGUGCAUUGAGCAGAAGUUCAAGCGCUGCCCUUCACUGCCCACAACCAGUGUUAUAAUUAUCUUUCACAAUGAGGCUUGGUCAACUCUUCUUCGUACAGUGUAUAGUGUCUUAUACACCUCACCAGCAACACUACUGAAGGAAAUUAUAUUAGUAGAUGAUGCCAGUGAAGAUGAAUAUCUGAAGGAAAAGCUGGACGACUAUGUAAAGGCAUUACAGAUUGUGAAAAUUGCAAGACAGAAAGAGAGAAAGGGAUUAAUCACAGCAAGGUUGCUGGGUGCCAGCAUUGCCACGGGUGAAGUGUUGACCUUCCUGGAUGCCCACUGUGAAUGUUUUUAUGGUUGGCUGGAACCUUUGUUGUCAAGAAUUGCUGAAGAUCACACUGCUGUUGUAAGUCCAGACAUCACAACUAUAAACUUUAAGAGCUUUCAAUUUGACAAACCCGUCCAGUAUGGCAAAACAAACUUCCGUGGAAUCUUUGACUGGAAUUUGUCAUUUGACUGGGAAGUAAUCCCUGAGGAUGAGAAGGAAAGGAGAAAGGAUGAAACCAAUCCCAUCAAGACUCCUACAUUUGCCGGAGGUCUGUUCUCCAUAUCCAGAGCCUACUUUGAACACAUUGGCUCCUAUGAUGAAGAAAUGCUUAUCUGGGGAGGAGAAAAUCUGGAAAUGUCUUUUAGGGUCUGGCAGUGUGGCGGGCAGCUUGAAAUCAUUCCCUGCUCUGUGGUUGGGCAUGUUUUCCGCUCAAACAGUCCUCAUGUUUUCCCUAAUGGUACCCAGGUGAUCUUAAGAAACAUGGUGCGCCUGGCAGAGGUGUGGCUGGAUGACUACAAACUCAUAUUCUACAGGAAGAAUGAUCUGGCUGCAAAAAUGGUUAAAGAGAAAUCCUUCGGGGAUGUUUCUAAAAGACUCAAGCUGAGAGCAGACUUGCACUGUAAGGACUUCACAUGGUACCUCCAAAAUAUCUAUCCUGAAUUGUUUGUACCUGACCUGUAUCCAACAUAUUAUGGUGCGGUUAAAAAUGAAGGAGCACAAAAAUGCCUUGAUGUAGGGGAGACAACAUAUAGUGAAGUGCUGCUGAUAAUGUAUCCAUGCCAUGGAAUGGGCGGCAACCAGAAAUUUGAAUAUAGCACACACAAGGAGCUGCGCCACAAAAUGCAGCUAUGUUUGCGUUCCAAAUAUGGUCCAGGGUACGUAGAGCUGGGAGAGUGUCAAUACAACAGCAGAAAGGCAACUGUGCCUGACAAUGAGGAAUGGGAGUACACAAAGGACCAAUUAUUUAGAAAUGUGGGUUCCAACAUGUGUUUGACAGCACAAGGUGAUCACCCAUCCACUGCACAAUGCAACCCUGCAGACAUUCACCAACUCUGGAGUUUCAGCUAAAUUCUGUGAGCAAUGGUAGCUGGUGGGUACUAUUAGCUCCAGCUACCACUAUGCUUUAAGUGCCUUUUUAAUGCACUGGACCUUUGCCAAGGAUCCGUCGUUGACUGUAGUGACCUAUUUUGGAUGCUUCAUCAAAAAAAACAAGAACUUUCAUUUUGUCCUCCACAGAUGUUUUUGUGUCUUUACAGAUGUGCCGUAUGCAAGGAAUGGAAAAACGCUAAAACGAUGCAAAUAAUAUGCACCAAAAUGCUAGUGUCUUGAGCCAAAUGAAAAUCAUGGAUUCAAAGUCUCUCUCCGCCAUCUAAUAGUUUUCUUUCGAGAUUUUGUCAAAGAACUACAAGUGCAGAGUGUUUUUGUACUACAGUAUGUUAUGCAUGGAGCAAAACCAGAACAUGUAGGGUAGAGGAUACCUUUUAUUAGUUAACUCAAAGAAAAUACAAAUACAGUAUCAUUUUAAAACAAACAGACAAGGGGGAGCAGUUUUCAUCAUGGAUAAGGUGGAUUACAUACCACUCGUCUGCAUGGAAAAAUCCACUGAUAUCUACAAGAAGGUGCUAAACAAGAUAGUAAGCCUGAUAGUAUGCCAUCAGGAGACAUUUAAUGUAAUUUCUGCUUCUUCAUGCUUCCUA